AUGUUCAAGCCUCUCGCUUCCAAGAGAAUUAAUCAUAGAGCCGUGAUUCAAUUGUUGUCCAAUCAGAGCAGAAAUGCCAGUAAUGCAAAGGAGAUUUACUACUCUGAUAACGGACGAAGAAAAUUGUUGGCCGGUGUUGAAAAGUUGUUCAAGGCUGUUGCUACCACAUUGGGUCCAAAGGGUAGAAAUGUCGUGUUGCAACAAUCCUAUGGUUCUCCAAAGAUUACAAAGGACGGUGUUACUGUAGCCAAACAUAUUGAAUUGGAAGAUAAUAUGGAAAAUCUCGGUGCUCAACUCAUUAAAGAUGUUGCCAGUAAGGCCAACGAUGCUGCCGGAGAUGGUACCACCACUGCAACUGUUUUAACUUAUGCCAUCUUCUCCGAAGGUUGUAAGGCUGCUGCUUCCGGAAUGAAUCCAAUGGACUUGAAGAGAGGUAUUGAUUUGGCUGUGAGACGUGUCAUUGAAAGUCUCAAACAACAAACAAAGGAAAUCACUUCAAAGGAGGAAAUUACUCAAGUUGCCACAAUUUCAGCAAACGGUGAUAGAGAUAUCGGUGAAUUGAUUGCCAAUGCUAUGGAAAAGGUCGGACAAGAAGGUGUCAUUACUGUUGAAGAUGGUCAUACUUUGGAUAACCAAUUGGAAAUUGUGGAAGGUAUGAGAUUUGAUAGGGGAUACAUUUCACCAUACUUUAUGACUGAGACCAAGACUCAAACUUGUGUUUUGGAAAAGCCAGUCAUUCUCGUCUACGAUUCCAAGAUUUCAUCCAUUGUCGAUAUCAUCAAGCCAUUGCAAUAUGCUCUCAACAACAAGAGACCAUUGUUGAUUAUUGCUGAAGAUGUUGAGGCUGAAGCUUUGAAUACAUUGAUUUUGAACAGAAUCAAGGCCGGUUCUCUCGUGUGUGCUGUCAAGGCUCCAGGUUUCGGAGAUCACAGAAAGAACAAUUUGCAAGAUAUUGCCGUCUUGACUGGUUCUGUCUUGGUCAGCAAGGAUUUGGGAAUGAAAAUUGAGAAUCCAGAAAUUGAAUGGUACGGUAGUGCCGAAAAGGUCACAGUCACAAAGGAUGAAACUGUCAUCAUGAACGGUAAUGGUAGCAAGGAGGCCAUUGCUGAAAGAUGUGACUCAAUCCGUGAACAAUUACAACGAGAAGAUGUUUCCACCUUUGAAGCUGAAAAGCUCAGAGAACGAUUGGGCAAGUUGUCAGGUGGUGUUGCCAUUUUGAAGAUUGGUGGUUCUUCCGAUGUCGAAGUUGGUGAAAAGAAGGAUCGUGUGACCGAUGCUUUGAACGCCACUAAGGCUGCUGUCGCUGAAGGUAUUGUUGCUGGAGGUGGUACUGCUUUGACUUUUGCUUCCAAGACCUUGGACUCAUUGAUUGCCGAAUUGCCAAACGAAGAUCAAAAGGUCGGCGUUAAGAUUGUUCAAAAUGCCAUCCGUAUGCCACUCAAGAUGAUUGCUCAAAACGCUGGUUUGGAGGGUGCCGUCAUUUCUGAACAUGUCAUGAAGUUCAACGACCCAGCACAAGGUUAUGAUGCUGCCACCAACAGAUAUGUUAACAUGUUUGAAGCUGGUAUUAUUGACCCAACUAAGGUUGUCAAGACUGCAUUGGUUGAUGCUGCUUCUGUUGCCUCAUUGAUGACUACUACUGAAGCCAUGGUCGUUCUUGCUCCAAAGAAGGAAACUGAAGUUCCAAUGGGUGGUAUGGGCGGAAUGGGUGGAGACUACGACUACUAA